AUGUCUUCACACAACCAAGAAACCCGCCUUGAGAUUGAGAUCUCUUGGAACCAUCCCGCAACUAGUACCCAACAUGCAGAAACAGUCAACGCACUCCUAGACAGCGGAACAGAGGACUGGGUGAUGUCCUGGAACUGCGUCCACCGUCUCAAGAUCCCAACUCAACCUCGAUCCAAGCCCCUCAUCAUCAGACAGGCUGACGGUACCCCUAUGCCUAACUCCGGUACUCAUAUCACCCAACCCCUUACUCUCCGCGUUGGCAACCAUCUAGACAGAGAUAUUGUCUGUGAGGUUGGCUCAUUCGCAGGAGAAGACCUCGUCAUACCACAUCGAUGGCUCAAGGAGCAUCAACCUACCAUACAUUGGGGUCAGAACAAGGUCACCUUCGACAACAUCAAUUGUCAAGUGAAGGGAUGCUUCAGGACCAUGUAUGAUAUAUACGAAGAAGACCCAGAAGAGCUGGUCAUCAGGCUGUUAAGGACGUCACCCGAAACACCGAUGAUGAUCGAGCAACACCCCUUCUGGGCAAGGGCAUUGGUAGGCGAGACCCUCGCUAGUGCUAUACCGAUGGAGUACCAGGACUUCGUCAACGUCUUCUCUAAGGAGGGAGCCGAUCGACUACCUGAUCACUCUGAAUGGGAUCACACCAUUCCCCUUAUGGAAGGAAAGCAGCCUCCAUGGGGACCGAUCUAUGCGCUCUCCCCAGUGGAACAAAAGGCACUUCGGGAGUACUUGGACGAAAUGCUAGCCUCUGGCAAAAUAGUCCCCUCCACCAGCCCGGCAGCAGCACCGAUCCUGUUCGUGAAGAAAGCCAAUGGAAAAUUAAGGUUAUGCGUAGACUUUCGUGGCUUAAAUGCUAUUACGGUCAAGAAUCGCUACCCCCUUCCACUCAUGACAGAGUUGGCCGAUUCGACGAAAGGAGCAGAGUUCUUCACUAAGAUAGACCUGAAAAAUGGCUAUAACUUAAUUAGGAUUGCUGCUGGCGAGGAAUGA